AUGAAAGCAACAACCGCACGUCUCGCCGUUCGGCAGGCCGCUCAAGGCGUUGCCCCUCCGUUGGGUGUCCGAUGGCGGUUCCCGACGAGAUGCUUCGCCUCCCAGCACGGCCUGGGAACGACGGACGCGCGAAAGCCGAAGCGGCGAGGCGUCACACCUUUCAACGACGACGGGCAUGUGCCUUGGAGCGAGCUUUCGGCGGUUGAGAAGACGGCACGGGCCACGCAGCAAAGCUUCAACUUUGGCAUGAUCAUCGUCGGCCUCGUCCUCACGGUAAGCAAGGCCCGCCACGAGCGAAGAGUCGGCUUCGGCACGGUCGGUUCUAAGCUUUUUCCUCCGCAGAGCGGCGUUGCAUAUUUUAUGUGGACCGAUGUCUUCUCCCCCGACAGCAAAAUCUCCCAAUUCAACCGUGCGAUCGACAAGAUCAAGAAAGAUCCGAGAUGUGUCGAGCUCCUGGGGGAUUCGAAGAAGAUUAUAGCCCACGGGGAGGAAACCUUGAACAAGUGGAGAAGAGCGCGGCCUGUUGCGUCGUCCGAAAAGACGGACUCGCAAGGGAACCAGCAUCUUGUCAUGCACUUUCACGUCGACGGUCCUCUACGAAAUGGCAUCGCACAGCUACACAUGAUCAGGCGCCGCGGUGAUGGCGAUUACGAGUACAAGUAUCUCUUCGUCGACGUCAAGGGACACGACAGAAUAUAUCUGGAAAAUGCCGACGACAAGCCCAGCUCCGGAAAGAAGCAGUUCAGCUUUCUUGGCGUCAAAUGGGGUUGA